AUGGCAGAAUACUACGACGAAGACGAAGGGAUUCACUUCGAUCCGACGGAGAACCAACUCAUCAAAGAUUAUCUUUCUCCCAAGAUAAACCAAGUCAAACAGUUUGACUUUAUACCGGACAUGGACGUUUACGCCACAGAACCAUGGUUGCUUAAGCAUAACAUGGAUCCUCUUUUCAAGAAGUACGAGUGGUACUACUUCGUGACAAGGACUCAAGUCUCUGAGUCUGAGGAGAACAUCGGUCGUGGUAAGAAGGCGAAGCGGAAGAUCAUCGGAGACAACGGGACGUGGAAGGCAAACGCUAAAGAAAAGAUCCUGGACGAGGAGACAGGGAAAAUCAUUGGUGAAAAGCAAACCCUAACUUUCAUUAAAAGCAACAACAACAACAACAACAACAACAAGAAGAAGCAGAAGAGAGAAGACGGCACUAGUGCUACUGUUCCCGGCAGCGAGAGCAGCUGGACUAUGACAGAGUAUAUGCUUGUGGAAGAAGAUAAGUUUCAAGGAACACAGCCUAUCAAUCAUCAAAAGUAUUAUGGUUGUGCUUCUUCUUCGGAGAAGCAACCGAUCAUUCAUCAUGAGUACUCUUCUCUGGCUUCUUCUUCGGAGCAGCAGCCGACCAAUCAUCAUGCGUACUAUUCUAUCGGUUCUUCUUCGAAGCACCAGCCGACCAAUCAUCAUGCGUACUAUUCCCUCGGCUCUUCUUCGGAGCAGAAGCCGACCAAUUAUCAUGAGUACUAUGGUCUCACUUCUUCUUCGGAGCAGCAGCCGACCAGUAAUCAUGACUACUAUGCUCUCACUUCUUCUUUGGAGCAGCAGCCGAACAAUAUCAACUGCAAGUUUGAAGAAAACGAGAAGGACGAUCAUGAAAACCCUAUUUCUCAUCAUCAAGAAUUUGGUCCAGCUUCCUCUUCGGAGAACCAGCUCAUCAAUGAAGCUCAUAGUCAGGGUCAGGAGACUCCGAGCAUAGGAUCAGAAAAGAAUGAUCAAGUGAUCUCCAGCCAAAUCCAAGAGAAUGACAAGUCCAAGAACGAGGAGGAUCAUCCUGAAACUAUCAAUUACCAUCAGCGUCUUGAGUCUUCUUCCUUGGAACAGCAGCAGCUAUCUAUCAGUGAAGUUCAUCGUCAUGAUCCGGAGACUCCCCUCACAGGAUCAGCAAAUAGCGAUCAAGAGAUGAAAACUUCUUGUCUGACUGAUGAUGAAACUGCUACAGUAAAAGAGAGAGAGACAGAGGAGAAGGGUUUAGAAAGAUUUGAGAAUUUGGGAUCGGAAGAGGAUAACCGACUUAACUUUAAUGUUCCAAACCUUUGUGGGUGUGAUGAUGAGGAACAUGAUGAGAAGAAAAAGCUGAAGAAGAAGAAGAAGCUGAAGAAGAUCAAACAUGCUGGAUCAGAAGAUGAAGAAGAUCAUCAAGGAGGAUGGUCGUUUCAUAAUUUUUCGAAAUUGUUGAUAACACUGAAUGGUCCGAAUUUGCCUGAAGUAACCGACGGGGCUCUGAUUGACACUACGGCGUCAUUUCUCGAUCCGGAUUUGCUUAUGCCGUUUGCUUCUCCCAGGCCACGCGAAUAG